AUGGGCUCUAAUACUAAUCUUACCUGCAAAUACCAGACCGCUCGCGAGCGCUUAUCUAUAAACCGAAGCAGUGGCCAGUUGGCAGCCUCGCCUAACCUAUCCAUUGGUGCUCCAUUACCAAGAGGAGCGACGCCAACACACUCACAAAUCCUGCCUGCAUCUGGUCUGUUUGCUAGUUUACUAUUCGAUCGCCAAAAGGUAUACCAACAUCAAUCGCCUAACUCCACGAUACCUCCGACAGCACGAACAGUCGAAACAGAAAAGAUCAGAUCAACUGCGCGAGAGAGUGAAGCUCGUUCUGAUUACACCUCGCCGAAAUCCUCCAGGAUUCAUGUGCACCAUCUGAAAGAAGCACGUCCUGGCUACUUGAAGCCUGCCAUGAUGUCGAAGAUACCUACAGUGAGUGAAAAACGAGGGCGGCCGACUAAGCAAAUACCAACUAAAAACGUUGGAAAGACUACCAUAGAAAAGCCAAGGAAGCGCACUACACCCGCGCAUGUGACUCCUCCGCGAGCAGCGAAACGUCAGAAGACCGAGGCAAACAGCAAGAGAAAGCUGGACGACAUGGGCAGCAUGGGCAGCAACAUGUCAACUAUGUGGUCGACGACAGUUAAUAAGGAGGUCGAGGUCAUCGCUUUGUCCGACAGUGAAGACGAUGAACAUCAGCAUAUGCGACAACGAAGGAUUACCCGUAAAGAGGAUGUGAUUGCGGAAUUGGAUGGAUCGAAAGUCGACAUUGACGAGGACGCGAAGCCCAGGAUCUCUGAUUCCGUGGUGAAUCCAGAACCCAUUCACCGCGGAUCAACACCAAGACUUUCGGCCUUCGAAAGAUUUUCUUCUGUCGACCGAUAUUCCGACAUAUCUUCCAGAUGGAAUUUCAACAACGUCUCUCCUCCAAAAAGCCCACCCAACUUCUGCCCCGCAAACCUAUCUCUACGGCACAACCAGCAAGACAACAUGGCGGGCUCAGAAGAGAAGCACACUAAUGAGAAAAAACAGCUGCGUCAGGAACUCGACGCCGUCAAGACCGAGCUCGCUCGACAGAAGAUGCUCCACGAGAAGGAAAAGAGCGACCGUGAGUUGGCCCAGAUUCACUCCAACAACGCGACUGGUCAACAGCUCCAAACUCUUCACCGCGACCUCGAGACGGAGCGAGGAACCCUACGAAUGGUGAACCAGGACAGAGACCGGCUGGGUAUCAAGCUCGACAAUGUCAACGCAAGGAACGGCCAGCUAACUGGAGAGCUUCAGAUCGAGAAACAACUGAGGAAGGAUGAGAAGGCAGAACACGAGCGCAUACUAGAAGAUGUCAUGAACACCAAGGCAACUUUCGGUUCCGACAACACCCAUCUGAUCCAAGAAAAUGAACGCCUUCAAGUAGAGAACGAGAGCCUCCGAGCCUCCGCCGCGCGCACGUUCACGUUCAAAGCUUCGCAGGUAGCCCAGGCGCCGGCAUACCCCUCGAUCUUCGCUCCCGAAGCCUCCCAAUCCUCCCAAGUCGUCGCCCAUCUCCCUUCGCCAGCCCCGUCCUCAGUCAACACACCCUUCGAACUUACCGACCAGCAGAAAGCAGACAACCUCAAGAGGAACUACCUCAAUCUCAACGAGCGCAACUCACGCCUCAAAUCUGCCGCUGAAAAGCUCACUAACUGCACUAAGGGCAUGGAUCUGACUAGCUUUGGAGAGUUCGGAAUAUAUCUAAGGCAGAUGAAGGCGGUUAUGGAUGGUGAUGCCAAGAAGGGCAAAGAGAAGAUCGAAGACAAGGCCAAGAAGGACGAGGAUGAUGCCAAGUGAGACGGCUCGUCAGCCUAUCGAGAGCAUGAAGCAUCGCUCUAGUGACAAGCUAGAAGCUAUGGCCUGGG